UGUCCUUGGAUAGCCUUUGAAGUCUAUUAUCUCAAUUGAGUGGUCUUUGUUCGAGGAGAGAAGGCUUAUCUUGCAAAAAUCGAGCUGGAACGAGCAAAGGUCUGUGAACUCGAGCUGUGAGAGUGCUGAGACUGUUUGGUCGAUAUCUCGAGUUUUACAAGUCCAAUUAAGGCGUGUGAGAUACCCACAGAAAGCUCUCAAGACGAGGAAUCCGUGAAGGUCUGGUUUGCAGGAAUCGGAGUUGUGGAAGGCUUCCAAAUCGUCCGAGCAAAACACAACCUCGCAGGAGAGGAUUUAAUCUUCUAAAGAAUCGAGUUAGCCGGAAAACACCCGUUCUAGGGGCUGUUUUCGUAUCAACGAUUAAGGGUUGAACUAGCACUUUGAGGAGGCUGUUUAACACUCAUAUUUGAGCAAGGAAUCAGUCCCAAAUCCACCUUGACCAAAGAUUUGACCAUUGGACCAAGAAGGGAAAGUUUAAAGCUCAAUUGAGGUUGAGGCUAGAGCUUGCUUCCUGUGCUCGUUGAUCGAGUGAUUCCUUGGAGAGAAGACUUGGUUCGUGCUUCCUCCAUUCUGUUUUUAAAUAAUAUUAAACUUGCUCAUGGAUAUUUUACUUUAGAGCCUGCGUGCUCAUGUUUGCCCUGUGUGGCCCUUUUGUUUUAAACAAUGUUUUCCGCUGCGUAUUCAAUUGUUUAUUAUGUAUGUUUAUGGAUGACUUAUGUGUGAAUGAUAUUCAUGACGCCUUGUAUAAUAUGAAUGUGUUGGACUGCGGUUGACUAUUCGUAUUGUACGGCGGGUUGUUGACGUGUCCGGGGAGGUCCGGGGCGUGACAAUUAAGUUGGUAUCAAAGCCUUAGUCCAUAAACUUCAUAAUGAAGUCUCAAAAUUCUCUUUUUGAAAAGAUUUUGAAAACCAUGAGCAUAGGAGUUUUGUACUUGGAGAGCUUUUGGUACUUGGGUUGCAAGGUCUCUAAUUGUUAAGAUGGUACCCUUAGCAAUUGGUAUGGCGGUGACUCGAGCCAAAAUGUGUCUUAAGUACAUAUCCGUCAAUUGACAUUUGAUACGAGUCUAACGACUCUUUCCAAAUUUCUUUCAGAAAUGGACCGUGGUGGCAAGGUAACUAGGAGGAACCCUUUGGGCCGUGCACCCGAGGAGACUGGGCAAGGCAGUCGUAGGACCUCUAGGGCAUCUAGAGGAGCGGGCCGUGGAGGCCAAUCACGGACCGUGAGUGACGGUCAUGUGAGCACCGAAAGUGACAACUACUGGUCCUAUGAGGACUCGACCUAUCGGCCGGAAACAGAGCCGGUUGAAACCCCUUAUGAAGGGGAUGAUGAUGAUGUAAGUGAUGAGGAGGACAACGGCUCCUUAGCGCGGAUUGAGGCACUACUCCAACAAUAUCACCGUGAGCGUGAAGAGAGGAGGGAACGCCGAAGGCGCCGGGCUGGGCAACCUUCGGGCAUGGCUUCACGAGGAGGAAGUCAUGGUGCAUCUAGAGUCCAUGUGGAACCACGUGGAGGCCAAAAUGAUGGAGGUCCAACCAUAAGGAUCUCCAAAUACAUCAAAGAAGCAAGAGAUUUGGGGUGCAAACCCUUUGAUGGAGCAGGGGACAUUUCAGUGGCAGCACAAUGGAUCAAGAGGCUAAAUGAAGCGGCCCUUGACAUGCAAAUCGCACCGAAUCUCAAACUGAGAAUUGCGGUAAGAUUGCUCGAGGGGAUGGCAUCCAAGUGGUGGGAUGGAACCAAGAACAAGUACGGUGAGACCGUCGUUUGGGAGGACUUCCAACGGGAGUUCUUUGCCCAAUACUAUUCUGAUUUCGAGGUGAAUAAGAAGGUGAGGGAAUACACCCUCCUAACCCAAGGGGGUAACAUGUCAGUGAAGGAGCUUGAGUACAAGUUCCGGGAUCUCGCCGACUACAUACCGGAGUAUGCUUGUGACGAGAACCGCAUGGUGAACCACUUUUGGGACGCUCUUGACUUGGAGAUACGUGAUAGGGCAACGCAAUUGCCUAAUAUGACUUUCGCCCAAGUGGUUGAACAAGCAUUGAAAGGGGAGAAACAGUGGGAGGAACGGAAGAAGAGAGACGCCGAGGAGGCGAAAAAGAGAAAAUGGGAGAGUCAUGGCUCCCAAGGUUCCAACAAAAAGGGGAACCAUGGAGGAGGAUCUUUCCGGGCACCACCGCCACCGUCUAGGGGGAACCAAGGCCCGAGUGGGCAAGGCUCGAGGUCACAAACCUCGGUGGUAACUCGUUGCAACAAUUGCAAGAAGAACCACUCCGGUAAAUGUCGCGACCCCCCCUAGAUGCUUUCAAUGUGGGGAUGCCGGGCAUUUGAAGGCACAUUGUCCACAACUGGGCGGGGCAAGGACAUCGGGACCAAGCAGUGGCCCGACGGGUACACGGAGUCAGACCGGGGCCUCUCAAGCAAGCAGAGGACAAGGGGGAGCAAGCGCGAGUAACGCGCCGUCCGUGAAUCAAGGAAGGACGCAAGCUAGAGUCUACGCAAUGACCGAGGCUGAUGCUCGGGCUAAUCCCGACUCCGUCGCAGGUAAUACACUUAUUCGGGUCAUUUCUAGGCUUAUUUUGAUCAUAUACGUCGUUGGGAUUGAGUACGGGCCACCCCGGGGUCAAACUGGGUGAGUUAGGCCGAAUCGGGCUGGAAACAGCCACUGCUGGCCAGGCACGCCCGAAGGCACGCCGUGCCUGGAAUCGUGCCUGGAAGGCAGUGGCACCCGAAGGAAAGAAAAAAAAAAAAAAAAAAUUUUGGGCCAGGCACGGCCGCAGGCACGCCGUGCCUGGCGUCGUGCCUGGGAGGCAGUAGCGCCCAGGGCUUUUUCCCAAGCCAGGCACGACCGUGCCUACCCCAGGCACGCCGUGCCUGGCACCCAGAUUGCCGAAACCUGAUUUUUUUCGCACCGUUUUGCGACGUUAAGGCCUCUUCUUGAUCUCUAACGUGCGUGUGAACAUUGCAACCUUCUAUAAAUGAGUAGGGAGGAUAGGAAAGAUGUCUUACAUGGUUCAUGAAUGUAGGGACACUAAAGAUUAACGGGAAGGAUGCACGAAUCCUUAUCGAUACCGGAGCGCAACGUUCAUUCGUGAGUGAGGCGUUUGCCGAGAGCUUAGAGAUGCAAUCAAUACCAAUGACACAAACCUUAGUGGUAUCAACCCCACUAGGGGAAGACGUUGAAAGAAACAAUUACUAUCCAUCUUGUAUGGUGGAAAUCGGUGGCCAAACCUUGACGUGUGAUUUCGUACCGCUGAGUAUGAUGGAGUUCGAUGCAAUCCUAGGGAUGGAUUGGCUAGAAAAGCAUCAUGCUAGGGUAGAUUGCUACACAAAGGUGUUGGAACUCGAAGGCACACAUGGGGACACCCUACGCUUCGAGGGGGACCGCGGCAAAUCAAAUAGUUGUAUCAUAUCCGCCGUGAGAGCGAGAAAUAUGAUGAGGAAGGGAUGCCACGCAUAUCUAGCAUACGUGGUUGACAAAACCAAAGAGGGAACGAACAUCGAUGAUGUGAGGGUGGUUUGUAAGUAUCCGGAUGUCUUCCCUAAAGACCUACCGGGGCUUCCACCUGACAGGGAGAUUGAAUUUGUGAUCGAGGUCGAGCCUGGUACCAAACCAAUCUCCAUACCGCCAUACCGGAUGGCACCCGCUGAACUUAACGAGUUGAAAACCCAAUUGCAAGAGCUUUUGGAUAACGGUUUCAUUAGACCAAGCCACUCCCCGUGGGGAGCACCGGUUCUUUUUGUGAAAAAGAAAGAUGGGACACUUCGAAUGUGCAUUGACUAUCGUCAACUGAAC